AUGGGCGUCUUCAAUGCGCUGGUCAGCGGCUCCUUCCUGCCGUGGAAGCGCACCAACCGCGAGACCGACUAUGAGACCGUGCUCUCUCGGCUCGAAACCGAGAUCCAGGACGUUCAGUCUCGACUGACGCAGAUCCGUCUUCGCGAACGACGUGCAUCGGUGACCCUCACAUUGCAAGCAUUUCUGCUCUGGGCGAUCUACACCUUCGUAUGCUGGUUCUUUGGUCUGCUGACCUUGCGGCGAACGCGACCUCUGGAUCCCGACUCGGGAUGGAAGAACGCGAGGAUGUACGGUGUGUGGGUGCCCGUGGUGGGCAGUCCCGUGCUGAUCAUCUCAACACGGCGAAUCGUGAGAUGGUGGUACAGACGCAUCGGUGCGGCGGAGGACAAGCAUUUGAUCGAUCUCAAGAGGCAGAAGCGCGAAAAGAUCGACGAGCUCAAACGUGCUACCAAGUACGAUCACCUCAAGAUGCUGCUUGAAAAGUACGACGAGGCUGGACCGAAAGGUGCUUCUGCCAACGCACCCUCGACCCCGACCAAAGGAAAGCCUGGAUCUAAAUCUGCCUCGCCCUCGUCCAAGAAUGCGACUCAAUCGCCUGCAUCGGCUGGAAGCGCCGCUAGCACACCUCAACGCGGCGGAGCCCCCGGACCCGCUCUCACCACACCAGAAGCGCAAGCACUGCAAGCGCAACGAAUGGCUCUCAUGCGCCAACAGGGCGGUGUGAUCCAACCGCCACGAUCCGCCGCUCCCGCUGCGCCGCUGCCAAAGACGUGGAUGGACAAGGUGGCGGAUGCCAUCCUUGGCUCGGACCCCUCAGCACUCGGCCCCGAGCAGAAGUACGCCCUGAUCUGCGCCCGCUGUCACGCGCAUAACGGCCUCGCGCUGAAAGACGAGUUCAACGAGGUGCAGUACGCCUGUCCGCACUGUGGCCACUUCAACUCGCGACGACCCAGCUCGGCCCCCGUUUCGUCUCCUUUCAACAGCAGCGCGGGUGCGCGAACGAGGGUCCCGGACCAGAGUGUCGAUACGACACCUUCAAAGCCAAGCAAGACGGAGAGGGGAAGCAAGCUGAAGUUGCGUGCUGACGAGAGCGACGACGACGAGGAUAAGCCGCCGGUCGCGACGCUGCAGGAGAUGCAGGAGAAGGAGCCCGUCUCGAUCGAUAGCAAGACGGAUGGCGCCAGCGAGGAUAGGAGGAAGUCGUUGCGCUCGCGAAAGUCGAAUAAGGGCGCGGAGGAUGGGAUGGAUGUCGAUGACGAGUGA